GGACUGGUGACGCCAGUUCAUGACGUCAGGCACUUCCUCGCCGGCAAACGCGCGCAUAUAAAAGCUUGCAAUCACAUCCACGUGCAUCUCACACCUCUUGCACUUACGCCAAGUCGUAUCACGACGCAGACGCUUCCAUCAUGAAUACGUUGACGAUCGUGUUGGUGGCGGCAUUCGCUGUAGUCGCGAGCGGAAUGAAAGACGGCCAUCCCAAUGACCAGGAGUUCCACCACACUCUUCAUGAAGCUAAAACGAUGUGCAUGGAUAUUAUGAUGCCAUCCCAAGACGAAAUGAGUAACAUGAAAGAAAAAAUGAAAGAGUGCCUCGAAAAAGAAGGUCACACCCAUUUGACUUCACACCCUGCCUUGGCUUCCGACAAGAAGCCCCACCUAAAGCACGCGCUGUGCUUCCGCGAAGAACUCAAGGGUAUCUCGGCUGAAAGCCGAAGAUUGGUGUCGCUGUGCGCCCUCGAAGACCAUGGAGUCCUGGAUGGCGAGGAGGUCAACGUAACUAAGGUCAUGGAACUUCUGCGAACAAAGAUUGAUGCAGCAGAGGAUUCAGUAGCAAAAGAGGCCUUAUCUACAGCCCUUUCCAACUUGUCUGAGGAACCCCUAGAAGCUGACCUAUUACAUUUCAUGGAGCUCAAGAAGUCUCUUAUGAACUCCUGCCUUAUGAACGUGGUUGCAAGCCUAACCGAAGAGAAACUAUUAGCGAAGUGUUCAAAUUCAUAAGUGUCUAAGGAAGCAUUGACUUUGCGAAUAUGGAUCCCUGGCUUUUGACUUGAUAUCCUCUACGAAUGAUACCCUCAUAAGGCAACACAGCAAACCUAUAAACAUUGUAGUCAAUAGAUGCAACAUCUUGACCCAUUUUCCUCCCAAAAUAAAGACUGCAGCAUA